UCAGUCCGCACAAUUUUCUAUUCUGUUAGUAUUCAAAAUAUUGUGGUGCGAACACUAUCUCUGAAAAAGUUGUCUAUCCGAUCAGUGCUUACCUGAGCAAGUGGAAUAUUUUAUAAUCUAUUUCCCGUGAAAAUGGCAUUGAAUAAAGUAGUCCUUGCAAUCUUUGCAGUCCUUUUCAUCACAGAAACAUGUAAUGCUAUCAAGUGCUACGAAUGCCAAUCAGACAUCGAUCCAAAAUGUACUGAGCGUGCUAGCGCAUCCGACCUUCGCGUUGUUGACUGUGCUACCAGACGACCACCAGCAUGGUUACUCGGAGCUGGCCCAGCCACCAAAUGUGUGAAGAUGGUUCGCAAUGUAUUCGCUAGCGGUGGUCAAACCGUCACCAACCGUGGUUGCUUCUUUGAAAAUCCUGCUGUCUUCUCUGGAAACUGUAUGAGCAAUCCAUUGGACCGUGUUGUUGAUUUCAAAUCAUGCGACGUUUGCGAUAGUGAUAUGUGUAAUUCGGCACCUGGUCGUUAUGCUACAUUCGGAGUUACAGCAGUUCUUGUCGCCCUGGCUGCCUACUUGCUCUAAGCUCCUUCAGACAUGUACCUGACAACUCCGUCCGUUUGUAGUUAUGACGAAGAUUUGUAAUUUUAUAUUUUUUAAUAAUUAGGAAAAUACAUAGAUUUAAUACCGAGUAAAGUGAAGAAAAGAAUAGUUAUCCAGUUACCGAAUUUCAGAGAUCUAAAAUCUUGUUAUGAGCACCUAGAUAUCGAAAAAUGUAAUUUCAAUUACUUGUUUGACAAUGGUUAAUUCUUUUAGCAAUAAAUUUGAUGGAUAAGUGA